AUGGCCCAACACAAAGGUGGCCCGGCUUCAGCUGUGAUUAAGCAGACAAAUAUUUGUUUGAUUCAGCCUCUGAAUCUAUCCCCACCAGCAGCAGCAUCACCCACGACAGACAAAAAAAGAUUCAAGUCCUGCUGGAUCCUUUCAAGGAACCAGAACGAGAAAUACCCAAUAUGUCUGCGCUGUGAAGUUCCAAAUACUGCCCAUUCGCGAGACGGCUCACACACUUUCGAAUCGAAGCGACAAUACCUUGGACAUCUAAGUUGUAGAAACGUCGCAAUCGUCGGGUGCGCUCUAUCAUCAUAUUUCUCGAUCUGGUGGCUGGUUAAGGUUUCCCAACAAAGACGAACCAAGGGACGCCGCCGCCGGUGCAAGCCGCGCGGGCGCGUCGGCGCCUAA